AUGUUUUUAUACAAAUUUUUUUUAGUAAGUAUACUCAUUAGUGUGAUUUAUGCUAAAAUUUUUAUGAAUAGUUUUACUAAUAAUUUAUUAAAAAAUGUUCCUGUAGUAGGUAAUAAAAAUGAAAAUAUACAAAGAACUGUGUAUUCAAAAAAAAAAAAGGUAAAACAAUAUUAUGCAAAGGAAAAAAAUAGAAUAUUAAAAAAAAAGAAAAAAAAAUUUUCAUUAAAUUAUUCUAAAUGCUCAGAAAAAUAUUGUUUUUUAAACUCAUCAAAAUUUAAUGAAAUAAAAGAAAACAUAAAAGUUUUAUUCAAUAUAGAUUAUGCAGAAAAUAAUAUUAUUUUUUCUUACAUAAAAUCAUUCAAGAGAACACCACCUAUCACAAAAUUUUAUUUAAUUACUACUUUUUUGUUAAGUGUUUUAAUACAUAUAAACAAAAAUGUUUAUAAAUUAAUUUUAUUUGAUUUCAAUAAAAUAUUUAAAAAGUGCGAAGUAUGGAGACUAUUUUCACCAUAUUUGUAUAUAGGUAAUUUGUAUUUACAAUACAUAUUAAUGUUCAAUUAUUUAAAUAUUUAUAUGUCAGCUGUAGAGAUAGCUCACUAUAAAAAACCGGAAGAUUUUUUGAUUUUCCUUACCUUUGGUUAUUUAUCAAAUAUAAUAUUUGCUAUAAUAGGAAGUAUGUAUAAUGAAAACAUAAUCAAUAUGAAAAAAAAUGUUCACAAAAUAAUAAGUUUAAUAAUCAAACAAAACAACAAAGAAAAAAUAGAAAUAAAAAAAGAGCAUUAUAAUCAUUUGGGUUAUGUAUUUUCAACUUAUAUACUUUAUUAUUGGAGUAGGAUAAAUGAAGGCUCCUUAAUAAAUUGUUUUGAACUAUUUUUAAUUAAAGCAGAAUAUGUACCAUUUUUUUUUAUUAUACAGAAUAUAUUGUUAUAUAACGAAUUUUCUUUUUAUGAAGUUGCAUCAAUUUUAUCUAGUUAUACUUUUUUUACUUACGAAAAAUACCUAAAACUAGAAUUUUUAAGAUAUAUUUUUCUCAAAUUCCUUAAAUGUAUACGUGUUUAUAAUAUAUAUGAUAAAUAUAAAGAAGAAUACGAAUAA